AUGGGUUCGACAGAUUUUGCAAACCGACCAGUUGAGCCAAGGCAGCAGCAGUCCAUCAUGAAAUGGCAACAAUCGAAAACAAAUCUCAUCAACCGCUCGUCAGGCGUGUGGUAUAACUCAAAAGACCGGUGUCAUCAAUCAACAAUGGAAAUAUGGCAUAAAUCAGCGGAUAAGUGGUACUGUUCAAAGGAUCGGUGUCAGCAAUCGGUCAAAGGGAUCCUAUACCGGUCGGCGACGCGAUGGAAUGAAUCUGCAGACAGACUCCACAUGGCUGCUCGUAUCCAAAACUCAACGAAAAAGGAUACAGUACGACAAGGCCAAAUAGAGAAACAAGAUUCAUCACCAUCACCACGAUCUCAAUCGAACUCGCCGCGGUCUUCCCAAGCCCUAACAUCAAGAUACUACACGCAAUCAGUCAACUCCUCGUCGUCAGAGAGCUCUUCUUCAAGGCCCGACCUCGAGUCGCCCUCAGCAGUUGUCAAGUCCUCGAAUCAAACCACCAUCGCAGAACCAACCUUAUCACCAGAAGAGCAUAUCGCGGGACUACAGGAGGCAUCCGGCCGUAUCAAAUGUGUUGUGAAACAGACAGCAGAGCUGCGAAAUGAAAAGCUGCAUGCAUUGGGCGAAAUUGAAGGCGAAUGGAUUAAUUCUACCAUCGCCGACGCCGAAUCUGCCGCCAACGAGCUCUCCUCAUUUGUAGAUCCACUAUGGCAUCAGAGCAGCAAAAUUGGCGGUCUUACACUAAAAGAGCGCAAAAACUGGAAGCGUCGCGACUGUCAAAAUGCCCUUAAGAAAGAGACUCGCAUGACUCUCUGCUACGAAAGGCUCGAAACCGUCUUUCGCCAUCUCGAAACGAUAUCACCAAGAUCCGAGCUCUCAGCCACCGAGAAGAAAGAGGAGGCAGCUGUUAUAGCACUUGAAACUCCACCCGUUGUUGCCGUGGCCGCCGAAUUGUCUUGUCAGACAACGGUGGUCUCCACCAUCGAGCUUCCAUGCCCGGCCACCAUUUGGCAGCUUCAAACAGAGAGAGCUAUACCCAAGAUUAUUGUGACGCAGUAUGAUGGCGAUGAUGGCACAAGUCCAGAUCAUGAAGAUACCCCCAAUUUCCCUCCUCCAAGCUACGAAGCUGGUGAAGUGAACAAGGAUGAUGAAUUGUUCUUCUCCUGA